ACACUCUUUCACCGCUGUCUUCCAACGGAAGAUUUGUCAAUUUUGAGGUGGUGAUUUUGUGAGUUGGUUUGUUAUCAUUCUGUUUCAGUUGACGUAACAAUCAAGCACGACCUGAUCGUUGACGGAUAACAGGAUUGAAAUGCACCGGUGCCUUUGCAACGUCCCACAACUAGUUCGUGCAGCCUUCGCCGAAUUUAUUGGCACCUUCAUUUUCGUUGUCAUCGGGAACGGGAGCAUUGCUCAGUCCCAUUUGAGCAAAGGCAGAAAAUCCGAGUACUUCACUGUUAACUGGGGAUGGGCUUUAGGAUGUUGUCUUGGAACUCUAAUUUCGGUCAAAAUAUCAGGCGGCCAUUUGAACCCGGCGGUGACGAUGGCUCUCACACUCGCCCGCGAUUUCCCGUGGAAAAGGCUGCCAGUUUAUUGGAUCGCCCAAUAUCUCGGGGCUCUGGCCGCAUCUGGGACUGCCCUCGGUAUCUAUUACGAAUCGCUCGUUCAAAGUAAACUCAUCGGCGAGUUCCGUCCAUGCAAGAACACGACGGAAACGGCGGCCGUAUUAUUAGCCAACUUCACCGGUCAUUCCUCCUUCCACGAGUCAGUUUAUACUGGAUUAGUAGAACAGAUUUUAUCCACGAUGAUUUUCAUGUUAGUCAUUUGCGUGACAACGAAUGCAAAUUAUUCGAAUGUGCCGUCAUUCCUGCAGCCGGUCUACAUUGGUUUCGCUUUAAUGGCGUGUGGCAUAUCCUACGGCUCCAAUGGCGGUUACGCUCUCAACCCGGCACGCGAUUUAUCUCUUCGUCUUGUUUUUUAUCUCAGUGGUUGGGAGGCAAGCGCUUUCAGUUUCCGGGGCUACAAUUGGUUCUGGAUCUUUCUGGUGGGACCGCACGUCGGAGCACUCUUAGGAGUGGGAGUCUUUCACGUCUUUCUGAAGACUGAGCUCACGGACUGGGCAACUGAAUACUAUGUUUCCAGUCUGAAACGCUCAGCAAAUAAGCCAGUAUUAGUUGCCGAGCGAUCUGACGAAUUGGGUUUGAGAUCGCAGUGGCGUCUGCAACGCUCCAACGUCAACCUUGUAGACUCGAUGGUCUCCACAAAGUUUAUCGAGCUGGAAAGUCGCAGCCCAGGUGCCAGAAGAUCAUCAAGGUCAUCUCAAAUCAGCACGAAAUGGAUAUGAAAUGUGUUGUCAACUGUAACCGAAUUUAAAAAAUACUUAUGCUGAUAUCGCCAUAUAGAAAAUAAAGCUUUUAUUUUAUCUACAA